CCUUGUAUAAAAUUUUGAUAGGGGGUCUACAUUUUACAAGCUUUGCUUUUUAGUAGGCCCCUCCACUUUUUUUCAUUUCAUUGCUACGUUUCAAUCCUGUGUGUUAUGCAUUUUUCCAGUGUUAAAAUGAUUUAUUAUAAAUGUACUUUGAUGAUUGUGGAAUAUGAAUAUAUCAAUAAAUAAAUAAAUAAAUAGGAAUGCUUGUCAAUGGUACCGGGUUUUUUUUAUAUUUGUUAUAAGGGUAGGGUUUCAUACGCCAAUACUUGUUAAGGGGUGCAUUUUCAGAACAUGGAAAAUAUAUGUUUAGGGUGCUUUUUCAAACCCAAUGUUCACGCAUGGUAGCCACUGGUCAAUGGAAGUGCCCCCCCCCCCCCCCCGGUCCCCGGAUAAAAAGUUAGCUGAAUAACAACAGUAACAUGCCCGGAAAAAAUUGGAUUUUAUCUUCCACAGAUUUUAAAUAGCGCCAUCUGUAUGUCGAUUAGGAAACAGUUUUUCUCGGGGAUUCCCCGUGACGCGUUGCAGGAAGUGUCUGUCGACAUCGGCCAUUUUGGUAAUUGGCCGCGUACUCUACAAACUCUUCUUCCUCAUCUAUUCCGAACUUUGACAGUUCAUUGGUGGUCAUUGUUUUCACCAUCAUGGAGACAUCCACUAUUAAAGUGCUGGGAUGUUGAUCAAGUGUUCAGAAUCAGUCGUUAAACAACAAGAUCUACUGGUACUGGCAAAAUUGACUGGAAUCUAUCGAGUUCACAAAUCACAUUUGUUGGCCUACGGUCAUGACGGUAUAUACAGUUGCAUUGACCAUGCUGGCUAGAAGAACCUCGUAACCGGUCGUUCGUAGACGUAGGAUGAGUGCUGACUGGGAAGAAUGAUCAGAUAAUAUUCUGCAGGUCAUACAGGCAAAAAUCACCAAGUACCAUGACGGAGACCUUAACAGAGGAAAAACUCAUCGACCUAGCAGAGGCUGUGGGUGACCAUAAGAACGUAUUUAAGUUCGGGUUGAAACUGGGAUUCCAGAAGUCCGAAGUCAGUACAUACAUCAGUACAAAUAGACGAAAUGACAGUUUCGAAGGAACCACCUCCAUGCUCUUCGACUGGAAAAGAAAGACACGGAGAGCAAACCAAAUACCUGAUAUCACCAAGGCACUUGAAGACGCUGGAUUUGCGGAAUUAGUAGAUGAUUUCUUCCCAUCUGGAGAGGAUGUCUCACAAGAAACUGCAACAACUUCAAGAGCAUCGACUUCAACAGGAGCAGCAGACAUGUCAGCAUUACCACAUACCAUCAGUGAGGGAGAACUUUCGAUGUUGUCAACAGAGAUCAGACCAAGUUACUACAAGAAAGUUGGCAUUAACCUAAAUAUCUCCAUUGUAACCCUUGAUAAAAUAAAGAAAGACACACAAGAUACUACUGAUGCUUUGAUGACAGUAUUCACAAGAUGGAGGGAUAAACAGCUUCCAGACACAAACAUCAGGGCUCAUCUUGCACAGGCUUUACAAAAGAGUGGUCUAGUGUCUCUGUCUCAGAAACUGAUUACUGGAAAUCUAUUAGGGACAGGUGCAUCAAUGCCAGCAUCACAGACCCAACCACUCACUCCUGACCUGGUUGAAAGAUGUAGAAAGGAGCUUCAAUCCCAUUACAGAAGAUAUUUCUGUAAGAUUAGAGCUGAUAGUCUGAAUCCACGUUCCCUUGCACCGUGUAAAGACAUAUAUACACACCUUGUUUUGGAAGAAGAAGAUUAUCGCAAUGAGAAGCGAUCACUCAAAUAUAAGGACCUCUUCAAACUUGAAAUAAAUGGAGAGUUUCCAAAUCGGAUCAUCAUUCAGGGAGAAGCAGGGGCUGGAAAGACGACACUCUGCGCAAAGAUUGCCUGGGACUGGAUAAACGGUAGUCCUGAUGUUCCUAAGUUUGUAUGGGUACUUGUAAUCCCUCUUCGUGAAGUCAAGCAAUACACAAUUGGUCAGAUAGUCAAGUCUUAUCUCUCAAAGGAUAACCCAACAACAGCCUGUCAGAUCACAGAGUACAUUCGUUCAAAUCCAGAAAAGGUAUUCAUUGCCUGUGAUGGAUUAGAUGAGUUUAGUGGCAAGGUUGUACAGCACUCUGAAACCAAACAAGAAUUAGAAGGUGCUCAGCCAGAGUCUAACGAUCAACCAGAUUCAAGCCCAAAAUCAAAGCGACGAAAGUUAACGGGGCAUAUGUCCUCAGGUACACCAAUUGCCCCAUUGAUGCCAAGAGACAGCAUCUCAGAUGCAAGUGAAAGCACUACUGAAGAAGAUGAUAUCUCACUAGUACAUAUCCUUCGUUCAAAUGAACUUAGCAAUUGCCCAGUGAUAGUGACCAGUCGUCCAUGGAAGGCCAAUGAGAUAAAGUGGGAUCUCAAUCUAAUGAAACUGUAUGCUUUCAUUCAUGUGGAAGGCUUUAGUAAGAAGAAUGUGGAGGUUUACAUUCACAAGUACUUUAAAGACAAUAAAGUCACAGCAGAUCAGCUUAUUCAAAUGAUCAAAGAGAAUGAUAUCAUAUCAGAGUAUAUGGCACCCUAUCCUAUAUAUAUAUCUAUGCUCUGUCUUAUGUGGAGAGGACUUGAUGACAAUAAGAAAGAAUGGUUUAAAACCAUUCGAACAUUCUCUGAAUUAUUUCAUGAGAUGUUUGAAUUCUUAAACGUGCAUUAUGUCCAAAAAGAGAUCCAAGAUCUAAGGAGUCCAUCAUUUAAAGACCAUCGCUCUAAAAUUGAAAAACUCAUGGAACCCGUUGCCAAAUUGGCAUUUACUGGACUGCAAUCGAACAACCUUAUUUUCAAUGAAGAAGAUCUUGAACAGUACUCAGACUCUGUGAAAACAGCAUGCAAUGUAGGGGUGUUGUCACAGGAGAAUAAGCUCUCAUCCAUUCAUGAUAAGAGCAGUCCGUACCUGCAGUCAACAUUCUUCUUUCCUCAUAAACUAUUCCAGGAGUACAUGGCUGCAGUUUAUCUUGCUUCUCUCUAUGAUUCAGAUUGCACUGAAUUUAAGAGGCUGAUUGAGGAAGUAUUGAUCCCUAGGAAGGAAGAGUUUAGGUAUCUCCUGUACUUCACUGUGUCGCAGAACCAAACAAUUGCCAAGUAUAUCACAAAAUGUCUGUUCCAACAGUACACCCAAAGCGAAGGUGAUGAUGCACAAAGGAAGCUGAAUUUCUUGGUUGACGUAACCUUUGAGAGUCAGGAUGAAGAUACCAACGCCAUGCUUCAGAAUUCAGUAUCAUCUCUGUCCAUCCGUGUUGGAGACGCACACACUAUAGCUGGUUAUGCAUCAAUUGGGAUAUAUUCAAAGGCGAUCUAUAUGUAUGUUGGACAUCUACAUGUACCUUCCUACGGACCAGGAAUAUCAAAAGAGGUGGCAGUGAUGAUAUGCUCAGCACCAUCACUAAGGGAUGUUGAACUGCAGGCAAGCUUUCACCCUACCUUCUAUGAAACUCUUGCCAGAGGAGGAAGGACAGCCAGACAAGGGCAUUGACGUCAUCUUGGAGAAUCUGUUGAUCUGCAGGGCCAUAGAUCGGGCGAGAGAUAACAGUGUCGUCUGCGAACAAUGCACUGUUUGACAUAACAGCCUCAGGAAGGUCGUUGAUGAAUUAAGUUGAAAAGUCAAGGCCUCAGGACGCUCCCUUGCGGUAUACCUGAGGUAGGCGUUGACCACUCAGAAUGAUGUCCUUUGUACUGAACACGUUGCAAUCUGCCAGAUAAAAAUGAGCGAAUCCAGAACAAGAUAUCGCCCGAGAUGUUAUAUAAAGCUAACUUCUGCAGAAGGACGUCAUGAGGCAUGCGAUCAAACGCCUUGGCGAAGUCAAAGAAUACUGCAUCGAUGGAAGGAGGUCUACGUUUGUCCAGGUCCUGAAGCCAAGAGUGGGCUAAGGUCGUCAGCUGAGUAACACAUGACUUUUGAUUAACAAAACCAUGUUGGACUGGAGUAAGGAGACAAUUUGAUUCCAUGUGGUGAAAGAUCGCUUUUGAAAUCAAUAAGAAGUUUUUCGAUUGUCUGCGACUGCAACGUAUUCCUAGUUCACCGGAAGUGGUUGUGACUUCUGUAAACAAAUUAAGCCACAGGAGUUUAAAGUAGGAUGGUAGAAUUGGUAGUUAUAAAUUUGAUGGUCGAUAUUCCGAACUCACUCGAAAUAAACAAUUCAGGAACACAAUUCCAUACAGUUAUGCUUCAUUUAAUCACAGCAAUCAACAAAUCUUCAAGUAUUGAAGUAGUUCACAAAUCAUAAGCGAAAGAUGUAAACAGUUUAAUAACUUGACGGAGUUGAGCGUAAACGAAGUAUACAGAUGAAUAAUUAAACGACGAACAAUUGUACAGAAUAGUGAACAGUGUAGUGAAUGUACUGAGUGAGUGAGUGAGUGAGUGGUUCGCUGAAAUAUAAGAAAGAAGAUAAACAUAUGUGUUGUGAAAGUUGAUUGAAAAAUAUAUGAUUUCUCAUUUGAUAUUGAUAUGAAAUAUUGCAGAAACAUUAUAUGAUAUAUUUCAUAUUUCCAUGAUGAUAUAACAUUUAUCUCUGGUUAUGUUUUAUAAAAACCUUUGGUCAAAUGAUUGUAUAUAGCACAGUGCAUAUAUGUCAUUAACAAUAUUGCUUGUGCAAGGCAUUUAUUGACAUAGCGCCAGCUAGUGUUCUCUAUAGGACAGUGUUUUCCAUUGCAUCAAUCACUGUAUAUAAACAUGGAAGAACUGACAGGUUUGAGGUGACACAAUCAUCCAAGUUCCAGUGAAUCCUGGAAACCUGGUUAUUAAUUGUGAUACAAUAAGGAGGCAAAGAGGUUAGUGUCUCAUAGGAAGUCUUUAUUUUAUGAAAUGAUAAAUGCUAAAGAUGAAAAUUAGUUGAAUUAUUUUAGGUUCUAAAUCCAGCUACUGUGCAUGUAGAUUACAUAUCAUUCACACAUGUGUUAUAAGAUUGUGUAAGCAAGAAAUAAGGUCAAGUCUAUAGCUUAUACAUUGGAUCCUCACAUUUGAAGAUGAAAUUAAAUGAUAUUGUGAUGAAUAGGAACUUCAUGUAUUUACACUGAAUUUGAUAUAGUUUACUGAAAUAAGAUAAUUCAGGUUUUGUUUUGUGGAAUUAAUGACCAGAAAGGUUACAAGGUCAACUGAAAGUCAAGAUAUGGUACUUGGUAGCUUUAUAUUUAAAACAGAUACACUUGAAGUUAUUGAUAGUAAAGUGGCAACUCUAAUUGUUGUGUAAAUCAACGUGUCAAUAUACAUAUAUUUUAUUUAUCAGAUUAUAAGCACAUUUCACAAUAAUUGUUUAGUUUGUUGCUUGAAGAAAGAGUGAAUUAUCAGAUGAUCACACAUAAGCGUAUACAAUGUAUUUAUGAUGCUUUUUGUAUGUUUCAUUGAUACAGUUUUCACGGAGCUUUUGGAGCUAUAUCAAAGUUCGAAGAUGAUUAAUGGAAAUGAGAUAAAUCAAGAAUAAAGUCUCGAAGCUCCCGUAGAA